UUUUAACUUCUCCAGAGUCCCAUCACUUGUGCGUGUAUAAAACCAUAAGAUUUUCUCUGUCUCCUCCAUUCUACUUGCUGUUGAUCUGAAAUGACGUCGUUUCAGCAAGCGGAUGACGACGGAGGAACCUCUGAUAUCAGUACAAGCGCCGGUGAUCCUGGAGAACACGAAGCUCGUGACAUCAAUGGAGUCUCCAAGAUAUCAACGAUAGAUGAAACGGGGGCGUUUCAGAUUAUUCCGUUGAAAGAAGAGCCGGAUGAAUCCGACCCGGAGGAUAAGCCUCAUCCGCCUGGCUGGCCUCGGUCUAUACCGGUUGCGAUGCAGAUGCCAAUGUCAAUUCCUCUGCCGGUCACGCAAGCUAAACGGUCGUCCACCAAGGACCGCCACACGAAAGUCGAGGGCCGUGGACGGAGGAUCCGAAUACCCGCCACAUGCGCCGCGCGUAUUUUUCAACUGACCCGGGAAUUAGGCCACAAGUCCGACGGCGAAACCGUCCGGUGGCUCCUUGAGCACGCUGAGCAGGCAAUAAUUGAAGCCACCGGCACCGGGACUGUCCCUGCAAUCGCAGUAUCCGUGGGUGGGACCCUCAAGAUACCCACCACCCCAGGUGUCAGCACUUCAACAACAAACGAGACGGUGAAGAAACGAAAACGCCCUUCAACCAGCGAAUUCUAUGAUUUAAACGACGCACCAGCCUCGAUCACGCAGCAGUCUUCUCGGCUGGCCCCAGUAACCCCCACUGCCCAAAUUGCUGCAGCGACAGCGCAGGGUCUGGUCCCAGCGUGGGCUGUGGGUAAUACAGGAAUGGUGGUACCCGCCAACGCAUUCUGGAUGAUCCAACAACCCACCGCUGCAGCAAUAGCUUCUGGAACUCCAACAUUUGUGGCUGCGCCCACUUCCAACCCGCUGCAGCCGCAGAUGUGGGCCUUGUCACCAUCUAUAACGCCUGUGUUCAACCUGGCUGCGGCAAGGCCCUUAUCCUCCUUUAUAGCGUCAACAAAUCAACCAAAUAACGGACAGGGUGCGGUGGAGCCUGCAAUGAGUAGCGGAUUGUCAAAUUCGGCGGUGACAACGAGUACAGUUGGAGCUACGGUGGCAAAGAAGUCAACCAUGGCACCAAUCUUGAGUUCUAGUGGUAGUGGUAAGGCCAAAAUAUUAAAAGAUUUUUCAUUGGAGAUGUAUGACAAGCAAGAAUUGCUGUUCGUGGGUCGCUCUGGAAAUCAACAAGCACAAGCUUCCAAGCCAUGAAUUUAAAUUUAGAGGUGAUAGAAAUUGUACUUGAACUGAUAAUCCAAUCAAAUUAUAAACUGUUCAAUAAUAUUUCUCUGAAGCUGUUUUUUUGGUUUAAAA